AUGGUUGAAGGAAGAUAAUAUCGCCUACACUCUUAUGAUCAAUGCGGCAUCACAAGGGGCACCACUUUUGCAGCAAUAUGGUUGUUAGUUUUUAAAAAUCCAACUUCAUAAAUUUUUUACCAACCCGAACAAAUUCACACCACAUCGUUUACAACCGCUGCGUUAGUUGGAGGGCCUUCUGUAAUAGCUGUACAUUAUAAGAGAACCAAAGCCUUAUUCAUCUAAUUAUAUAUAAAUCCUAAUACCUUCCUAUCAUCUUAAGAACUACCAGACACCUUUUAACUUGAAGAAGAAAACUUUCAGAGAAAUGUAGUUCUUACCCUCGUUGGCAAUGAAGCUUAGAACACAAAAAUUUGA